UAUUAUUUCACCUGAGAAUAUGAAACCUUUCCACUAGCUUAGCCCAUGGUGGACAAAGUCUUUUAACUGAUGUUCAUUAGACGCUUGUAAUGAGUAUAUGAAGGAUAGCAGGAUGAUUCGACCCAGCCGUUACCAAGGUGCCCCUCAACUUGUUAUCGCUUGAUUGUCCCCAACCCGUCGGACAAGUUGGCUUAGAAGUCAACUUCGAUAUGGGUUUGGCGUCUAUUUUUGACGCCAUUAGGGAUGGCCACCUUCGGGACGGAGGGUAAACAUCGCACGAGAAUAGAGUUGUAAAACAUUGAUUUACCCAGGGAAUCUUGGAAGAAACAGCAGAUUCCUAGAAAGAAAAUGCAAAACCUUGUGCGAGAGAGGAAGAGAGAGACUCAAACCAUAGUAUCCGGCUCACAACAUGAAAUCACACCCCUUUGAGAUUUCUGAUCUGUCCCUUAGAAAUUCAGACUGGGCGGUGUGUGCGUCAAACAGAGUGACAGGGAGUGUUAGUGCACGUCACUAACCCUCCUUUGUUCCUGCCCACAAAUACACGGAUAUCUUACGAGGACGUUUCGUGUCACGUUAAGUGUUACAACUAUGCCUUGGAAACUAGUUCUAGUUUUUGGUGUUGGCUGUUUAAGCCUUCUGACAAUGUUCAUGCUUGUCAGAGAACACCACAAACAUGACAUUACAAAUCACCUCCUGUCGACAGCUGGAAAUUCUGCGUUUAAAGCAGCAGGAAAAACUGGACUACGUCAGCCGGAGGAGUUGAGGUCGUCAUCCAGUGCCGACUGUUCCCCGCGAAUAAAUUUUGUCUGGAUCAAAGUUCACAAGUCUGGUUCGUCAACAACAACCCCUCUGUUCCAGCAGUAUGCUUUCUUCCACAACCUCACGGUGAUGAUGCCGGCAGAUGGCGGACCCAUCCUGAGCUGGCCCAUACCGCCCAGGGAGGGACUGUACGUCAAGCCGAGAACCGGGGUAUACAACGCUCUCUACCAACAUAGUCGUUACAACAAGACUUGGUUGGAAGCCAGAUUCCCGCCUGACACAGCCUACCUGGCCAUCAUCCGGGAACCAUUCAGCCAUUUCAAGUCGUGCUUUAACUACUACCGCGUAUCCCACGUUCUGAAGACGAAAAAGAAUCAGUACAUUCCAAACCCUCUUCGAACAUUCCUCGAGAAUCCGUGGUCGUUUAAGACGGAGGCAUUACACUACGGGGUGCGGUUUGAUAAGACACGAAACGCCCAGGCAUUUGAUCUGGGGUACCCCCUGGAGAAGGCAGACGACUUAGACUGGGCCAGGCGGUACAUAGAUCAACUGGAACAUGACUUCCUCCUUGUUAUGGUACUCGAACAUUUGGAGGAGUCCGUCGUCUUGUUGCGACGACUCAUGUGUUGGGAACUGCAAGAUGUCAUCAUAAAAUUAAGUACGAGAAACGUUCGAGACUACCCUUUCAAACACUACCGACCCACCCCUACUGAGAUGCACACAUACAGACAGUACAGCGCUGUGGACUUCAUGAUGUACCAACAUUUUAACCAGUCUUUGUGGAGAAAAAUUCAGGCACAAGAUAAUGACUUUUUUGAGGAGGUUCGGCAUUAUAAAUCCGUCCGUGUCAAAGUAGGAGAAUUUUGUAAGAUUAAGAGGAGGAUGGACAAAUCUGCUCAGAUGACAAUUCCUAGUACGCGCUGGAAUCCAAGUUACACGUUUGAUUCCAAUCUCUGUAGACGCCUGGGUACCAGUGAUCGCACGUAUAGGAAGAAGAUUUGGAAUCAGCUGGGAUAUGGGGAAAAAAUAAAAGUCCGGCCGCGGAUGGUAUAUAAUGUUCGAAUGCAUCACGGGAGCAUGCUGAAACAAGCCCGGGAGAACAGCAAAGAGCGGGCAAGAAAUAAAUGAGUCAUAUGAAUUGUAUGUUGUAAAUACUUGUCAUAUGUAUGUUUCCUAUGUUUCUGCUAGUAUGUACCUGCAAUUAACCUUCGGGCAUGAACUUGCAAAUAAACUUUCAACCAAUGUGUUUUAAUGCAGGACAUACGUACUGACAUUC